AUGCCGGUCGAUCGGGGAUUUUUCAACAGCGAGCCACCACCGAUGCAAUUCCCCAAGCUCCCGGCAAAGGCCGCGUACCUUCAUCUGAAGAACCCGACGAAACGCAAUGCCCUGAGUCUCGAGAUUCUUGAGGACCUCCGCACGCAGCUCCUCUCGCACCUUACAUCACGGGCGACAGGGAGGCUCCUUGCCCUCCCUGCUUUCAACCCCUCGAUCCUCUCCGAACUCGAAGCUGCAAGCGGGCACGCCGAAUCUGGCUCAGGUGGCUCGUCGAAACACAGCUGGCUUGUUGAUGCUGCGGAGUGGAAGCACCAGCGGGAUGGCUUGCCCAAUGUGAUCGUCCUUCGCAGUUCCGGGCCCGUCUUCUCGUCGGGCCACGACCUGAAGCAGCUCUCAUCGCUCUCCGACGUUGAAGUGAGGCGGACAUUCGCCCUGUGCGCCGAGGUCAUGUCCCUCAUCCGGCGCAGUCCCGCGCCCGUUAUCUGUCCCAUCCAGGGCCUUGCGACCGCGGCUGGGCUACAGCUCGCGCUGUCGACUGAUUAUCCAAUCGCCCUCUCCACCACCAAGUUUCAGCUGCCUGGUGCGAGCAUCGGACUCCCGUGCACGAGCCCCGCGAUCGCCGUGUCACGCCGUCUACCACCUGGCCAGGCGUACCGGCUUCUGCUUUCCGCGGAAGCCGUCACGGCGGACGAGAUGCGGGGCGCCGUGGACGUGGUGCCCACGCCUGAUCAUGCCGAGUCCACGGACACCGCUGCCGCGGCUUUUGAGGGGCGUGUAGCGGAAGUGGUGGAGCGGCUGGCGGGGUCCGCGGGACAACCGAUGGCUCUUGGGAAGUGGGCGUACUGGACGCAACUCGGUAUCAGAGGAGACGGCGCUGACGAGGGAGGAGCCGACGGGUAUGAGGAGGCUGCGAGCUGGGCCGGGGGCGUCAUGGCACUGCAUGCGCGGAGUGCCGACGCAAAAGAGGGCAUCGCGGCUUUUACUCAGAAGCGGAAACCGGCAUGGCGGACGUAA